CUGAGUUUGGCGGGGAUUAGGAAGUAUUCGUUUCUCUGUCCCAAGUUUACCUCAUAUGUAGCUAAGGUUUUCCGUCAAUGUUCAAAUGGUAUUUAGUGGACUAUGCUGAACAACCUAUGGAAAAAGUACAUAAUCAAGAUAAAAUGUGAGAAAAAUAUUACUACGGAACGACCUAACACUCCAUCAGUUAUAUAUCUUUGUCGUAUUUGUUCCGGUUUUCGAACAGAUAAUGAAUCUUUAGUUGAAACUCACCUUAUUGAUAGACACCAGAUUCAGAUCAAAAUGUAUUCAGAACUAUGUUCAUGUGAUGACUCAAAUGAUUCCAAUCAUAUUGGUCUGGAGUCAGUAUUAACCACUGAUAAUUCAACCUUCGCUGCUUCCGAUACUAAAGAAGAUCACACUUCAGACAUUUUAAACACUUUGUAUUGCCAAACAUCUUAUGCAUCAAAAUCUCCAAAAAAUGUAGAUGAAGCUUCUCCUGUUACCAACGAUCUAAAUUCAGUUGAUUCAAUCAGUCCCCCACAGUCACCAGUUUCUCCUGUUUUAAGAGAAUUGAACAGCACACGUAAGAAGAUUACGAUCACUUUAAACAGCUCACCACCACUGCCUACAACGGCACCGAAUGUUCCAGAACUUCUAAAUCCAGAAAAACCUGUGGGUAUAUCCGGUGGGGACGAUGAAUCUACUUCAUCUUUGGUAUAUGGGGCAUUCUUAUCCGCAUCUAAUUCACCCAAAGAUCCAAUAAACUCUUCCUUGAAGCAUAAGUGCCCUGAUUGUAACCGUUGUUUUAGUAGUUAUAAAGCAUUUGAACGUCACACUCUUCGAUCGCAUGCACCAGCUCAUCAGUCUGAUGAAAAACCAGUUGAUUUAGAUGGCCAUUCACCUGAGAAAUAUUCAUCCACCACUGUAAACUAUGAAUUUAUGUGCUCUCAGUGCAAUCGUAGUUUUGCUACCAGUCAGGCAUACAAAAUCCAUGCAAGAGCGCAUAAAUCAAACAAAAAGUCCACGCGAUCUAAUGAUACAGUUAAUAGUUAUAGGAAUGAUUUACUUGAUAGUAAUAAUAAUAAUCAUCGUAAAGAAAACAUCAUUGAAUCUCGAUAUCGUACAAUUCUACCUAAACCGUGUAAUAAGCAAUCAUCCAUGCAGUUUUCAUUGCUGGAUCUAAAACCAAAACGUCGAAAUGCUCGUCGUCAGACUAACAGUUUAUUUUCAUCUGAACAAAAUUCAUUAUUGGCAAGAAAAGUCAAUAAGAACGAUGGUGGUAAUAAUACUUCUAUUGGACUAUGCAAAUAUUCAUCAAAUUAUACGUCGAACGGGAAUCUGCAUAUUCAUCCAAAUUCAGCCAACAUUGUUCUCCACUCUGCAAAUAAUAAUCCUGAUAACCAAAAUGAUGGUAUGAAUAUAAAUAAUCAUGUAAUUUAUGAUUCUAUGGUCAACACAAGUGAUACAGUUAAUAAACCACCGCAUUUACUCACUGUUGCAGCAGCUUAUGCCUCCCAGAUUUCUUUCACUACAUGUAACAGUAGUGAUACGUCACAAAAUUUAUCAAAUGAUUCUUCUAUUCCCGGUGUUCAAGUCUACCCUAUUCCAUGGUCGUCUGAUGCACAUAAUUCUAGUCUAGUAUCUACUGAUUCCCUCAUAUCUAAUGUUGUAGUUAAUUCAUCAAUAGAAAAUCCAGUUUCUUGUUGUUCAGACAAUCAGCUACAUACAACUAAAGCUAUAACUACAAAUUGUGACUUGUCAUUUAGUCAUGAAUCUUUAACACCGUAUUCUUUUAUUCAACUAUAUCCUGUUAUGAGUUCCGAUGGUGUAUUAUAUUAUAUGACAGGUACACCAGUUGAAUUAACUCAAACAAAUAAUAAUAAUUCCAAUGAAAUAAAUUUUAAUCAUACUAUCAUAUCUACUAAUUGUGAAUCAAAUUACGAAUAUACAACAGAUGAAAUUUGUUCAUCUAAUGAUAACAAAAAUGAGAAUAAAAACAGUGAUCAUAUUCAAAUAAAUUCUUCAAUAUCCCAGAAUUUUUCCACGACUGAUAUUGAUUCUGCAUUGCUAGCAAACAAGAUAACUUCAUGUGCUUAUAUUGUGAAUAAUAAUAGUACCAGUAAAAGUGAUGAAGGGACUGUAUACUUCUCUUCACAUUAUGAUGGUGUAUCAACAAACUGUCAGCCAGUUUCAGAUUACUUGUCAAAUGAUGUUGAAGUGAUCGAUUUAAAUAUUCCUGUUACUGUUGUUCAUUUGGAUCAAAAUCAUAUUUCUGCUGACUCCCAACUGUCUACAACCAUUUACGAUAUGGAUUCUAUGCUUAAUCAAGAUUUUCCUCUGUCAUAUUCCAAUUCAGAAGCCACAGAUCAAGGGCAAUUAUCUGAACAACUAUCAUUGGCAGUUAGUUGUGAUAAAGACCAAAACAAUCUUGAUAACAGUAAUAAUGAUGUUAAUGAGCAAUCGAUAUGUGAGACGACAACAAAUGUUGGAGUUUCAGAUUCGCACUCAUCGGAGUUGGUGACUACACAAGUUUCAAAAGAAUCUCAUCUUUCUUUACCACCUACUAUUUUUAAUGCCUCCGAUACUUCUUCCCAAUUGAAUAAUAGUAAUAGUGAUAAAAUCGACUAUGAGAGCAUUGAUUGUAUAAAGGAAUAUUUAAAUUUCAAUAAAACCAUUACGGAAUCACUAAAUAACAAUACGAUAUCCACAUUACAAAACUUCAUUGAAUAAUAACUUAAACAAUAACACUUGACCUUUAAUAAAUCUUUAUCACACUUAUUCGUCAUUAUCCAGUUCUGUCUAGUCACUUGUCCACCUCCGCUUAAAGUUUACAAUUUUUCUCAGAUAUAUAUAUAUAUAUAUAUCAUGUUUUUAGGUAUCAUCUAACUGUUAUGUACAUAAUUGUAAUCAUAGUAUUCAAACGAAGCUUAUUGUUUAAUUUAUAUUGUGUAACUAUAUUCUGUUAUAAAGUGACUUUUUCUUUUUGCAUUCAUUCAUUUCGUUUCGUACAUUACUGACUUGCUAAAUAGGUUAUUAUUUCAUUUAUCUAAAGUAUAUUUAUCUUCAUUUGUUCAAAUUAUUCAAUUCAAUCUAUCUAUCUAUGUCAUACCAUACAAAAACUGUGUAUAUUCAUUCACCUGUAAAUAAUUAAAAGAAGAAAAUACUGUUAAUUAUUAAUUGAAUUGCAUUUCUUGAAAUAACUAAUUUUAUUUAAAACAGUCAUUUUGUUAAUAUGAAUUAAUCAUUAAUUCCUUAUUAAUUUAUUUUUUAUUUUCACAUUUUC